CAUUGUUUAAUUAAAUAGGAGAGUUUGAUUAAUUUGUCUUAGUAGCGUUUUACGCGUGGUACGCUAUAAUUGGUGUUAUUUGAACUCGGGAUUGCUGUAUUCUUUACGUUUCCAUAUAAAGGCAGCAAAAAUGGGUAAAUCUACCAGAGGAAGAAAGAAUGCUGAGAAAGAGAGAAAAAUGGCAGCUUUCUUAAAAGACUACGACAGUGAAGUUGAAAGCAUAUUGGAAGCUUUAAAGGUCAAAAGAGACAAUCUUCACAAAGAAAUUGAAAACACAUACAACCUUGCCAUCAUUAAGCUUCCACUAAGUGUACGACAAAUGAAGUGGAUUGAUUAUUUUGCUGCUGGAGGACAAUCUAAAGCUGUUGAAGCAGUAGCAAAGGCAGAAGCCAAUAUUGGUGAAGAUAUAAACUUUAUUGCUGAACUCAAGACCCAACACAAAUCAGCACUUAAAGCCACCUGUAAAAAAGGCAAUGGAAUGGCUUCUGAUGAAGAAAAUGUGCCACCCGAUUCAAUUUUAAAAAAGGUGAAACCAAGCACUAAGAAGCCUCCAACUUCUAAGAAAAAAGUCCUAUCCGUGAAACUGAGUUCUGGCAUUAGAAAGUCUAACAGAAAAGCUGUAACUACACCUGGUAGAGCUACACAGAAUGAUUCUAUAAUGGGACUGACAACUUUUGUUACACCACAUCUUGAGCCAAGGUUAAUGACAUCAACGGUAGAUAAUACUAAGAGAUGCAGGAAAAAGGCUUGUAACAUGACGGUAAAUGAGAGCUCUGUUUUAGAAAAUGAAGUAUUCAUCAAUAUUCCUAUGAAAAAUGGAACGAGCAUUCACAUCUCUGCAAAUGAAAUGCAUACAUUUGAUCCUGCACAGCUUGAUCCUCAGACUUUAGGGACCCUCAAAAUGCUGUUGAAAUGGCUUACAAAAUGAAGAGCACCAAGACUUGAUCUCUUUUCUUCAAGAAAACGAAAUGUAUAUAAAUCCUUUUAAUCCAUUCCUGUUAAAACCAUUAAUCCUUUUAAUAUUUUUUUUUUUUUUAUCUUCUAAGCACGUUUCAACGUGUAAAAGAAUUUUAUCAUGUUUGUGUAUUUAUAUAUACAUGAAGAGACGCGUUUUCUUAAGUUUUGUUUUGGUUUAGUUUGUACUUUUUAAAUAGUUGCUCCUCAGCCCAUUUCUUCGACUGAAUAAGUUUUAGAAUAUUUCAUUGCUUUGUGUUUAGUUUUGCGGAUUUCCAUGUUAUAGAAAUGUACGCACUGUAAUUACCGCCUUGCAUCUGAUACUUUUUCGUGAAUAUACUAUAUGUAUAUUUGUGAAUGUUUUUCAUAGAAAUAUUGUAAAAACGAAGACAAUUUACAACAAAACGUCAAGCACAGCAGUUGUAAAUAUUGUAUUAAAUUUGUGCAAAGAAGGA